CCAUGAUAAAGCAAGUUUUUGUAACAUCAGUUUUAAUAUACUUAUUUAGUAUUAUCGUUUGAAAGCAAGUUAGCUGUAGGAAGGUCCAUGCUAUAAAGUUAAUAAAACAAUUGAAUUUUCGCGCGCAAUUUAGGAAGAAUCAAUUUUAGGUUAUUGUGGGUUAUUUUAAAAUCUUCCUAACCAGUACACGUCAUACCAGUUUGAAAUAUGGUUGUCGCAAAGAAAUACGUAGUUCGCGCUCCUUUUGAUGGGGAACCUAAACACAGCAACUUUGAAAUUGUUGAAGAAACAUUGCCGACAUUAAGAGAAAAUGAAUACUUGGCAGAAGCAGUAUACCUGAGCGUAGAUCCAUAUCAACGUAUGAAGUUGGGUGACGCUUACCCCUGCGAUAUGAUUGGAGGACAAAUUGCAAAAGUGAUAGAGAGCAAAAACGGCGCCUUUCCAAUCGGCAUAUGGGUAAUGGGUCACUUUGGUUGGCGGACCCAUACUAUUGUACGCACUGACAGUGAGAAGAUGUCAAAUCAAAAACCAUUUUCAUAUGCUUUACCCGAUUUCGAAUCACUGCCGGUGUCCUUGGGUCUAGGAGUUUGUGGAAGAGUAGGCAAUACUGCUUAUUUUGGACUGACCGAAAUCUGCAAGCCCAAACCAGGAGAAACUGUCGUAGUAUCUGGGGCAGCCGGAGCCGUGGGUUCACACGUUGGACAGAUUGCAAAAAUACUAGGUUGUCGCACGAUUGGUUUUGCCGGUACAGACGAAAAAUGCAACUGGAUAGUAAAUGAACUCGGUUUUGACGCCGCCGGAAAUUACAGAACAUCGAAUAUAGAGGAAUACCUAAAAAAGAAUGCUCCUAAUGGAGUAGAUUGUUAUUUCGACAAUGUCGGUGGCGAAAUCAGCAGCAAAAUCAUGUCUAAAAUGAACGGUUAUGGACGAGUGGCUGUCUGCGGUGCGAUAUCUAGUUACAAUGAAACAGAACCAGAGAAGAGAAAAGCUACCGUAGUGCAGCCAUAUAUAGUUGGAAAGCAGUUAAAAGUUGAAGGAUUUCAGGUAAAUAGAUUUGCCGAUCGUACGCUGGAAGGAAUACUACAAAAUUUGCAAUGGGUAAAAAAUGGAGAAUUGAAAUACAAAGAACAUAUUUAUGAUGGAUUUGAGAGUGCUGUUGAUGCUUUUAUAGGAUUAUUUAAAGGAGCAAAUAUUGGAAAAUCUCUAGUUAAGGUGUAAAAUCCUCUUGUAUAUACAAUAUAUUACAUUUACAUUAUUACAUAAAUAUUAUGCUACUUAUUACACUAAUUAAACAUUUUAAUCAUCUGUGCCUUUUCCUUUUAGGUUUAAUUUCACAAACACUCUUACUUUGUGAGUAUUUGUAGAUAAAUAGAUCCUCAUAAACUAAAUUUUUAGCUUUAGGACUCAAAAACUUCGAAAUUUCGUCAUACAGAUAUACUUUAUAUGACUCUUCACUUGCAGGAGUUUGCGUAGACACAGAGGUACGCUUAUGUGGUGCUACACAAUUCUUUAGUUCCAUAAUUCGAGUGGAGUUUUGUUCAAUUUUUUUUAACAAAACAUUUUGCAUUUUAUUCAUUCUCGAUUCUAAAUACGAUAUAGUAUAAUCUUGAGAACUCAAAUUGUUACCUUUUGAAAUAGAAGUAUCAACAUUUUCUGUAUCUUUUGUCUUUAAGAUAUUGCCUUUGCUCCCAACUUUGUCUGAGUCAUUUGGCUUUUCCAAACACGAUUCCACCAUAUCUCGAAGCUUUUUAUUAAAUAUUCUUUUCUUUUCAAUGGCAGCAAGACGCUCUGGGGACACUUUAUUUUUCAAAGUGGAUAAUUUCGAAACUGAAUCACAGGCUUUUUCAUUUGAUUCUCUUGUAUUACUGUUUUGUUCAUUUGGUAAAAGCGACGUCUUUGACUUGGUAGCUGAUUCUACUUCUAGUAUUUCUAUUUUUGGAGGAUCUUUGAUAACAAUAUCAUUUUUCUCCAAAACUUCUGAAUUUUCUAGUCCACAAUUAUUUGUUUUUCGUUGAGUAGUCAUUGGUUCUGUUACUUGACUAAAUAUAGGUAUAUUUUUAGAAUCAUUUGUUCUUUGCGAUGUUUGAGAUUUAUCAAAUGACUGAUCUUUCAAUCGGUUUGGUACUGGCAAAAUCAAAGAUGGUAAAACUGGCUCCAAUUUUCCUAUAAAUGGUAAUGGUUCUAAUAUCGUCUUUUCAGAGAUAAUUUUCACUUUCACAUCUUUUUGUACUUUAUUACCAUCAUUAUUUGGUGGUAUUGAAUUUUGUGGCUGAUUAUAAAGUGAGAUAUUAGCAGAAGGUAGCAUUUGAAGAUUAUUACUGAAAAAAACUUGACUAAAUGAAUUAUUAUUUAUGAUUUGGCCAUGAUUCAGGUUAUCUAUAAUUACUGGCGGUUGCUGAUUUAGUUGUUCAAUGUUUUCAUAAGAUAUAGGUAUAGCCACUCCCAUUGGUAAAUUCGAAAUAUUAGUAAUAUUAUGAUUUGUAUUGUUAUCAAAUAUUAUAUUAGGCUCUUGAUUAGAAAACAUAUUUUUCGGAACAAUGUCUUCAUUAACUUUUGUAAUUUGAUCAUUUUGUUUAAGGUGAUAUUUGGCAUAUUUUAUAGAGGGACUAAUUGGUUUCUUAACAAUAGCAAUCUUCUUUUUAAAUUUUAUGUUUUCUUUAGCCUUGGGAUGUUCAAAAGGUAUAAUUAGUCUAUCUUCUUUUUCUUUUUUAACUUUAGUAUCAUCUAUCAAUAGACUGUUUAUUCCCUCAGAUACCAAUGGUGGAUCAACAUUGGCCAAAAAGUCUAUGUACUUUAAAGAAGAAUUUGCUUUCUUAUCAAUAUAUGUUAUUUCUUGUUCAAUAUCAUUCAGUACUGAAUUAGCUUUUUCCAAAGCUUCUUCAUCCACCAUUACUUCCUUUGUGGAAUCACAAUAAGGACCAUCUUCAGUUGGGACUGCAUCAAAUGUCAACUUCUCUUUCUUAUAAUUCAUAAAACAUUCUUCUUUAAAAUGAUGUUGGCAAACUACUCUAUUUCGAAGUUGUGAAACUUUUAGGUCCAGGAAUUCAUAUCUUUGAGCAUUGAUAAUCCAUUGGUGACAGCGUAAUCUUUCAUAUGCAGGAUAGUGAAACAAAUGUAUCUUUGUAUCUGUUGUAUUCUUAUCUGACCUCACAGUGCAGUUACGAUAAGUGCAACGACAACCUCCCAUGAUUAUUAACCUGCCCUGCUGCUUCCUCGACUGCUUAAGUAUUACUUUUAUUCAAAAAGAAAACCAGCUCAAAACAUUCAAAAUCUUUUAGAUCUUCCUUUCCAAUCUCACGACAAAAAAAACAUAUAUGCUUAAAUAAAAAGUAAGUAAGAUUUCGAACUUCGACAAAAAAGGAAUUAAAUAUCAUCUAAUUUUUAAUUUAGCUUUAGUUUUUUU